UCGAUUGGUCACAUCAUAUUGCAUCAUCAAAUUGCAGCCGUCUAAUUGGACGAUGGAAUAUUAAAAGGAAUUCGCUGUAGCAAUCCGUAACGACGUCCUGUAAUUGUUAUAGCAGGUUCCUUUCCUAAACUGAGAUCCAGGAGAACGGUUGGAAAAGUCCGCUCUUUUUCAGUAUUUCCAAGAAUGAAGCUGUUCGCCAUAUGUGUCGCUGUUGUUUGGCUCACGUGGUUUAGCGCAGAGUCACAUCUGCCUCUUCACCAGAUCCUCAGCAGGAGAUCACAGGAUUUGGCCACUGAACAUGCAAUGAUGAUGGAAUUCGGGGACUCGGAUCACAACGGCCGUCUCUCAGGGGAAGAAAUCCAAAACUUUUUCAUGUAUUUCAUCAACUUCGAUUUCGAUACCGCAUAUUCUGCAGCAAAUCGAUUCCUGAAAGACGGGGACAUUGACGGGGACGGCAGUCUGGAUGAAAGAGAACUGGUACCCACCCUUCAAAAAUACAACAAUGGACAAUGAGCGUCUGUAAAGUACAAGACUUCCUAUGGAAUAUACUGUAAAUUGAUUGAUUUUAAAAUAAAGAUUGUUUGAAACAUAUUCAAAAUA